CGGUGGAGCGCAGAAGUUUUAUAUAAUUUGCGCGAAAAGAAACGUCGCCAUCGGUCUCUUGCAAUGAUCCGUAUUUCUGCACUGCGUCUCAAUGCCACCCGCUCGGGCCUGGCUUGCCAUGUCCGUUCAUUCGCCAACGACGAGUCUCGGCCACCGAUGCCAAUGAUCGACCUGGAAGAUAAAUCGUUACCGAUUCCCGAGUACAAACAAAAGACAAACGAGCCGUUGCAGUUGCAGAAAUCAAGACUACUGUACCAGUCGCGUAAACGUGGAAUGCUUGAAAAUGGUCUGCUUCUUAGUACCUUCGCGGCCAAAUAUCUGCAAGGAAUGGACGCUAAACAGACCAAACUGUACGAUCGGCUCAUCAAUCUCCCGUCGAACGAUUGGGACAUUUUUUACUGGGCGACCGGCGUAAAAGCAACACCGAGGGAGUACGAUAACGAGGUGAUGAAUCUGCUGAAGGAGCACGUCAAAAACAGUGACCGUGAGCAGCGCUUCAUGCAACCGGAUCUUUACGCCAAAGCACACUGAACGUACCCGAGGUGGUAUAAUAUUUAUUCUGUAUAAAACACGUUGUGUUACUCGUAUUAAAAACGGUUACUCAAAAACU